AUGCUUGCCCUCCCACGACGGAACAUCGCUUCCAAGCUGGUUCACGCCCAGCUCCCCCAACAUGCAGCCCCACUGUCCACGCCAGCAACGUGCCGAAUCGGGUCGCGCCGCGCGUCGACGGCCACCCCCACACCACCUCUGUUCCCCUUGCGUCUCGUUCGAUCCUACUCCUCAAAACCUUCGCUAUGGUUCGGACAGCGUUCGACAUUCGCGCACUCCCCACCCUCGAUCGCUUUCCGCACCUUCUCCUCCUCUCCACUGCGGAAUGCCGAGACGACCAACUUGCCGCUCGCUGACGCGUCUACGGCAUCCUCUUCGCCGUCGUCGUCGUCUUCGUCCUCCACCCCCAACCCGGACCCCAAGCCCAAGAACGAGUCGCUCUCGCAGCGACUGAAAACCUUGUUCCGCACCCACGGCUGGUCUGCGCUAUCAAUCUACCUCCUCCUCUCCGCCAUCGACUUCUCCCUCACCUUCCUGCUCAUCUACGCCAUCGGAGCCGACAAGGUUCGCAUCGCCGAAGACUACGUCUUGGAUGCCUUGGGCUGGCGAAGAAAAGAUACGGGCGAACCGGGCAAGCUCAAGGUCGGAUUCGAGGAUUGGAAGGAACGACAUCCCGGAGCGGGCAACCUCGUCGAAGGCGCGAGGAAAAAGUUGAGCCACAAGGAACACGAGAAGAAGGUCGAGCAGGGGCAGGAUGGGCGCGCGCAAGGCGUCAAGGGUGUUGUUGGGACUGAUGCGAGUGGGAAGAACCAGGAUGGGUAUUCGGCGAUUGCGACGACUGCCGUUUUAGCGUAUGCGAUCCACAAGACGUUGCUCUUGCCCGUACGGGUCGGGCUCACGGUAGAUGACUCGUGGCUUGUCGGGUACCACCGUACUCUCUGUGCGUACUGACUUGCUCCGUCUUUUACAACCAGGUCGCCAUUACACCCAAGUUUGUCCGAACGUUGCAAUCCUGGGGGUAAGUCUCGCGAUUUCGCCGAGCUCAUCUCCCUUUCCUCCUUUUCACUCAAGCUGACUUGGUGGUGUACUCGUUCGUCACUUACAGUUGGAACGUGGGUAUGGCCAAGUCGGGAGCUACGACGGUACGAGCCUCGACUGCCGCUGGCGCCAAGGCUGCGACUGCUGCUGCACCCUAG